UCCAUAAUUACUGUGUAUUUCCGGCUUGACGAGCUGACGUCAGGUCACGUGUUCAGGUGAAAGGUGGAGAAGGCGGAAGUGUACGGCACCAAACAAACGCUGACAUAAACACUUCUUAUUGACGGACACAAAGAUGGACGACACACUGUUCCAGUUAAAGUUUACAUCAAAGCAGCUGGAGAGACUUGCAAAGAAAGCUGAGAAGGACUCAAAGGCAGAGCAGAAUAAGGUUAAAAAGGCUCUCCAACAGAAGAAUGUUGACUGUGCACGUGUGUAUGCUGAGAACGCCAUCCGUAAGAAGAAUGAAGGGGUGAACUGGCUGCGUAUGGCAUCACGUGUUGAUGCCGUGGCUUCUAAAGUCCAAACCGCUGUCACCAUGAAGGCGGUGACUAAGAACAUGUCUCAGGUGACCAAGGCUCUGGAUAAAGCUCUGAACUCCAUGGACCUGCAGAAGGUGUCGGCCGUCAUGGACAAGUUUGAGAGUCAGGUCCAGAAUCUGGAUGUACACACUUCAGUAAUGGAGGACUCCAUGAGCUCAGCCACCACCCUGACAACGCCGCAGCAGCAGGUGGAUGAUCUGAUUGUGCAGAUUGCAGAGGAGAGCGGGCUGGAGGUGAUGGAUCAGCUCAAUGAACUUCCUGCAGGAGCCUCUGCCCUCGGAGAGAGUUCGGUCAGGGCACAGGACAGAGAGGACCAGCUGUCCCGGAGGUUGGCGGCUCUGAGGAACUGAUAAGCACGGCUUGUUCCUGAAGAGAUGGAGAGAAACUGCUGAUGAUGGGGUGAUGAUGGAGUGAUGGAGUGAUGAUAAAGAACACACAAUUGAUGGACUCCAGUUUUAUAUUGAUUCAUUUUUUAUUUUAUUUAGUUUGAUUAAACUUUUCUUAUCUCUACCACAAUCUAAUAACACACAAAGACAUCUCUUUCUUUCUCUCCCUCUCCCUCUCUCUCUCUCCCUCCCUCUCCAUCACUCUCUCGCCAUCUCUCUCUCUUUCUCUCUCUCUCCCUCUCUCUCUCUCCAUCUAUCUCUCUUUCUCUCUCCAUGUCUCUCUGUCUGUCUCUCUUACACUGCUGAAAACAAUCUCCUGUUGUUUACAUACACACACUCUCACUCUCUCUCUCUCUCUCACACACACACACACACACACACACACACACACACUCUCUCUCACACACACACACACACCCUCAUACACACAGACUAAAUUGUACAGUGAUGACAUUAUUUGUAGCUGAAGCUGUGAGCACUGUAACUGUGCUAAUGAACACUAAUGAAGUGAUUUGGAAUACAGCCUCCCUUACUCCACCCUUACACACACACACACACACACACACAGGAUUGUGUUAGCAUUGUGGCUAAAGCUCUUAGUGUUGCUCAAGCUUACUGCAUGACACACACAUUUCCUGAUUCUCCUCCUCAGUGCCUGAAUCAAAUGUUAGCAUGUUUGGAGCCCACACAGCACCAUGGCAUUGUGGGUAUGGAGACCUGUCAUCUAUACAGCUCUCUCUCUUCCUCUCUCUCUCUCUUCCUCUCUCUUUCUUUACCUCUCUCUUUCUCUCUUUUUGAGUGUCUGUGAGUGUUUUUAUUUGUUUGUUCAGAAGGUUAUUUAUACGCUGUUGCUUUUUUCUUUUGGUUUUGUAUAGUUACACAGUUACAAUGGGGGAAUAAAGUGUCUCUGAUAAUGUG